AUGGUCUCACUUGGUUCAGGGGUUGUGGGUAUGAGCACAGCGCAAAAAAAAAGGAGCUUCAAUAAGUCGCAACCUCUGCGAAAUGUGAAUUGUAACGCCGUAGAAGUGAAAAGCAAGUAUGGGGCAGAGUUCCGCCGGUUCUCAGUGGACCGAGUCAAGCCUGGCAAAUUUGAAGAGUUCUACAAACUCAUUCUUCAUAUCCACCGCAUCACUAAUAUAGAGGUGAUGAUUGGCUACGCCGACGUCCACGGUGACCUGCUGCCGAUUAACAAUGAUGACAAUUUCUGCAAGGCGGUGUCAACGGCUCAUCCACUGCUCAGGAUCUUUAUCCAGAGACAAGAAGAGGUUGACUAUGCUAACUUCGGCACCAACACACUAACUCGUAGGAAGAAGGCAGUGGUCGCACUGCGCAGCAAUGAUGUCAGCCGUAAGCGGCCACACCUUCGCAUCGGAAUGCCACAGGAUUUCCGUCCGGUCUCCUCCAUCAUUGAUGUGGACAUUUUGCCUGAAUCUCACCGUCGUGUCCGAUUGUACCGUCACGGAUCAGACAAGCCCCUUGGUUUUUACAUCCGAGAUGGAACCAGUGUACGUGUGACUCCACACGGGGUGGAGAAAGUCCCAGGCAUCUUCAUAUCUCGGCUGGUGCCUGGAGGUUUGGCAGAGAGCACUGGGCUGCUGGCGGUUAAUGAUGAGGUGUUGGAGGUGAAUGGCAUUGAAGUCACUGGAAAGUCCUUGGAUCAGGUAACAGACAUGAUGAUUGCCAACAGCCACAAUCUGAUCGUGACAGUGAAGCCGGUGAACCAGCGUAACAAUGUUGUCCGCAGUAGCAGAAUCUCCGGAAGCUCAGGCCAGUCGUCUGACAGUAGUGGGUCGACUGGUUACCCAAGUUUGUCAGCAGCCUCUGCAACAGUGUCCUCUGGAGCACACGGGUACCAAGAUGACCUGGAGAGUGAUGAUGACACAGAUAUCGUCAUUGAGAGCAGCCUCAAGCGGCCGUCUCAGAGGUCCAAUGCGUCUCUGGUGUCCAGUGCAUCUCGUACGCAGUUACUAACAGCAACAACUGUUUCAGGCCCAGCUGCACCUCCCAGCCCUCCUACACGGCCUUUAUCAGUGGUCUCCACUGCCUCUUUCCACUCCCAGCCGAGCCUCAACGGAGGUUCCCACCACCACCAACACAGCAGCCUCAGCUACCAGCUCCACAAAGACCUGAACCUUCAACACAAGGCGCACCAACAGUCAUUACACAGUCAGCACCACGUACAGCCUCCCCUUCACAGCAGCAACACAGCCCUCCGCCACAGCAAUGGCAGCCUGCACAAAAUCCUCAGCUCCCUGAAAACGGACCAACGACACAGUCUUGCACUGCCCAGGGGAGGGGUGGAGGAGGAUGGCACCGUCAUUACCCUAUAAUACAUAUGAUCACAGACUCGGAGACAUAAACAUCCCAACUGCUCAGAGACUUCAACUGGAACUCCAGGCCAGAUAAUUAAGAGCACAAGUGUGUUUUGUCAGAUAACUAAUUUUGUAACUUCUUUGUUUUUACAAGAUAAAUGACAGGACGUUACAAGUCAGGAAAUAAGGAAAUGUAUAUAUGUUUUUGUAUUUUUGAAGUUGACUUUGUUUAACAGGAAGAGAUUUGUAUGUAUCUAAUAAGCAUCAGAACAAAUAGCUGUUUUUAGGUGAGUCCACUGUCUGAAUGUGCCUAUCUUUUGUUAAUGAUCACUUUUAUUAAGAUGCUUUCAUUCUUAUUGCUGGGACCAACAUAGGGUUGCUUAAGGGUAUUUUUAAAGAGUAAAUCUAUAUUUCUUAUAUUCUUAUAAAUGCUGUGUAGAGUGAUUUUUAAUAGUUCUUUUAUGCAUUGAUGAUUGUGAUCAAAUCCUUGU